CCUCUGGCCCUUCUCCCUUCCUUGCAUAGGUAAAAGAGUCUGUUUAACGCCAUCUAUAAAUUUGCGCAUCAAGAAAUGUUAAAAUGCCAGAGAAGACAGAAAUAAACUGCACAAAACGUAUGUUUGUAAUCUUUUGUAGAAUUGAACUUUAAUUAACAAGAUGAAUAUUAGUAUUUAAAAGCAGUUCAAAAUGAACAAUAUAAAUGCACCUGUUUUAAAAAACUUCCACUAACUUAAGUCAUCUUAAAUAGCACUUUUAUAUGUGAACACAGACUAUUUUUAUGCAAAUAGUGUGCGGUUAUCGUCAUUUAAUUAUAGUUUAUCUGCUAUUCUAUUCACAGGCGAUGUAAAAAACAAACAUUCGAUUUACUUUAUGAUGCUUGAUGAGUAUAUGUCAAAAAGACAUUAUUAAUCAAUAAAGAAAAAUAAUUCAAUGGAGUAUUAAGUAUAUGUUAUCUUACAAGUUUUACUACAAAUUCCAGAUCUUAUUCAUCAUGUUCUUCAUACUGAAAGAAAAACCUUUUAUUAAUUGUGAGAAAAAAGAGAGAGAUUAGAAGAGCAUUAUCCUUAUAAAGAAAAAUUUGCCUCAUGCUGUGCUUGUGAUAGUUCAUGUGUUUAUUCUAAUAAUUAUAUUUAUUAAAAAAAACUAUGGAUCCUUUUUGUGUCAAAAGUUAACAAAAUUCCCUGACUGUUCUAUUGAUACAAGUAAAAUAAAAAACAAAGUGUUCAAAAAUUUAUUUAUGAUAUAAAUUUAACUACAGAGAAAAUUUAGCUGUGUAAUGUGUGUGGUGUAGUUAGAAAAUUGGGCUAAUAGCUGCUGUGUAAUGUGUGUGGUGUAGUUAGAAAAUUGGGCUAAUAGCUGCUGUAUAUGUGAUCUAGCAUUGAAGCAUUAAUCAUUGUAGCUUUUAUUUAUAUAGAAAAAGGCCUUAUAUAUUUUUACAUUGUCACUGUGGUAUGGUAUAUGGCCUUAGUAUUGGUUUUUGAUGCCAGACAAGAAAAUCGAAGCAAAUUUUGACAUUUGAUGUGCUUAGUGAGAAUGUAAUAAAAAAUAAUUAAUGAUAUUUUAAUAAAUGAUAUUUCAGUAAUGCUUUUUACAAAAUAUUAACAUUUAAAUUAUUUCUCUUGCCUUUGCUUUGGAGACAUUAUUAUAAAAUUUAUUUUAAAUUCAUUUUAAAUUGUCAACUUCUUAUUUUAUGUGUUGUCUUGUUUAGUAAUAGCAUUUUAAACUUUAAAUGUAAAAGCGUUUUAUGGCAAGUAUACUGUGCACUAUUUAGUAUAAGGAGACAUUGUUUGCAAUAUAAGUCUUAAAAUGGAGAGUGACUUUCCUAAGUUAGAUACUGAUACUGGCAAGAAAACUUAUUUUUGUAAAGAAUGUAAUCAGAGUUUUUCAUCAAAUUAUUUUCUAGUUGUCCACAAUCGUGUUCAUACUGGAGAAGAACUUUAUACUUGUAAUAUAUGUGAUAAGAGUUUUACUGUUAAGAGUUGUCUAAUCAGACACUGUCGUAUUCAUACUGGUGACAGGCCUUAUUCUUGUGAUACAUGUCAUAAGACUUUUUCUCGAAAGAAAGAUUUAACUGAUCACGAACGUGUUCAUACGGGUGAAAAACCUUAUUCUUGUAAUAUAUGUAAUAAGAGUUUUUCUCAGAAGAGUAACCUUAUUACCCACAGAAAUGCAGUACAUGCCAGACAGAAAUGUUUUUUUUGUAGCGUGUGCAAUCGUAGUUUUAUUACGAAGGGUUCUCUAAAUGCUCAUAGUUGGACUCAUGUGAAAGAGAAACCUUUUGCUUGUACCAUAUGUGAUAAGAGUUUUUCACAGAAUGGUUCUCUAACUGUUCACCUUCGUACUCAUACUGGUGACAGACCUUUUUCUUGUAGUAUAUGUAAUAAGAAUUUUAUGAAAAAGAGUAAUCUGAAAGAGCACAGCCGUAUACAUUUGAAAAAUCAGAUUUCCUAGCAUGGUGUGUAUUAAGAGAUUUUUAGUAAAGUAAAUGUGCAACUGAUUUCUUUUUUUUCAUACCAGUGUGUUAACUGUUUGUUCUGAAAUCGCUGCAAUUUAUAUUUAUUUAUCUUUUUAUAGAAUCUUUGUAAAAAUUGUACACAUUAAAAAUUGCACAUUUUUUCUUUA